CAACUCUUUGCCCAGGCCACGGCCCCGAAGAUGGGACCAGGCUUGGGUCUGGGACUUGGCGUGGAGCAGGAGCAGGAGCGGGAGCAGGAACGGGAGCGAGAGCCAGAGCGGGACAGCAUCGAUGGUCACAAUUAUGCAGAGAUCGAUGUGGUCAAUGACUCGGACUUUUGCUACCUAACGAAUCUCAACAAUUACUACCAGGAGCAGCGCCUCAAUGCCCUACGCCGAGGUAUGCCUUCCCUGCCGGAGAUGAAGACGACAGCCACUUCGACGAGUCCCUGGCAUGAGCAUGAGCCCAAGGAGGAUCCGCCCAAAAGCAAGCCCACGCCAUUGCAAGUGCUGAGGAAUCCCAAAAAGUGGAGGGUAACCCGUGCCGUGGAUGAUAUUGUAAAGGUGAUGAUUAUUGCCUCCUCGGAGCAUGUCCUCGACUACGAUGUGCUGUGGUAGGAGGAGGAGGAGGAGUAGAGGGAGGAGUAGGAGCAUCGCCAGUAACGAUAUAUCUAUCCGCGCACACACUCACACACACACACACAUGCUAUAUAUCUAGUCAAAAAACUCCCAAUUGCCAUACAGAAAUAUUGUAAUCUCGCUAGAGUCUUUCCCUUCCCUCUAGGGAUUAUGCUUUGAGGCUCACUCCCCAUGCCCCGGGCCCCCAUGCCCCGCCAGAGAUUGUAUAUAAAAAACGAAAACGUUUGUUAAUGUUACUCCUCCCAGAAACAACCGCCCCUACGCCCCUCCCCCUCCAACAAACAAAAAAAAGCGAACAAAUUGCAGAAUACUCAGAGGAAGCACUUUAAUCAUCAAUAAAUCGAUGGAUUUACUAACGAAAAGCAACUAAACAAAUGCCUAUGCUAAAUGUCUAGCCGUUAAACCUUUAAUCCCCCUUAGCCCCCUCCCCUUCGUAUAAAGUUUAUCCAAAGUGCAUAUAGGAUAUAGAAAUAAUACGAUCCUAUACAUCAUACUCGUACAUAUAUGUAUAAAUCGUAUGAUUCGAUUGAGUGUCUAGUUAAAUAACUAACAAACGACUAAAAUUAGUUUGAUGUCCACUCGAUUUGGCACAUCAGAAGGGUUUUUUUUAAUAUAUGAUAUCCUACAUACAUAUAUACACACACACACAUAUUUAUACGUAACUGAACGAACAAACUGACAA